AUGGUCGCAGAGAAGGAACACGACGGCCAGGAAAGCCGGUCCUGGCCCCGGUCCAAGCAGAAUCGCAACUCGCAGACUGACUCGGAAGAGUCCCUGAAAAAGCGACCGGUCAAAUGGAGUUUGGGCAUCUUGAACGACAAGGAGACGGACGAGGUUCCUGGCUCUGUCCUGCUGCUCUCGAAAGUAUCCAAUCGCAACGAACCGCUCGGACUUCGCAACACACCUGCCAGAACAUCGACCUCGUCGCUACCCUCUCCCUUCCCUUACUCGCACUCUCAAAACGGCUCCAUCGCUCCACGCUCUCGUACCGGCUCUAUCGUACCUCCCACUCCGGACAAGAAACAGACUGGAGAUGGCAUUGUUCUUGAACCACAACCGGACGAGUCUCUGAACGAUCCGCUGAACUGGCCAAAAUGGCGUCGAGACUGCGCCCUGCUGUCUCUAGGCUUCUUCUGCAUGCUUGGUGGUGGUAUGACACCUGUUCUCGCUGCGGGCUUCGUCAAUGUUUCGCAAACAUUCAACGUUUCCGUGCCUCAGGUUGCUCUGACCACCGGCCUUUACAUGCUGGGACUUGGUCUCGGUAGCGUUGUUGCUUCGCCUACCGCUAUUCUGUAUGGCAAGAGACCUGUAUACCUUGUCGCGUCAGUCAUCUUCGUCUUGUCUGCUGUCUGGUGUGCAUUGUCUCCCAACUAUGCUUCCUUGGUAGUCGCACGCAUUGUCAUGGGCAUGGCUGUCAGUCCUGUUGAAUGUCUUCCUUCUGCAACUAUCGCCGAGAUCUUCUUCUUGCACGAGCGUGCCUACCGACUGGGUAUAUACACUCUCCUCCUUCUUGGUGGUAAGAACCUCAUCCCGUUGGCCGCGCCUGAAUUGGAAAAGGGAGAGAAGACCGAAUUGGCUCACAGUGAAAGUCCUACUAAAACAAAAGGAGAAAAGCGCUUGUCAAGACAUGCUCAUUUCAGUGAGCCAGACGAUGACGAGAUCGCUCCUGCAGACAGUAGAAAGCCGAGCGUACCUGCUUUGAAUCUCCCAUCACCCGAAGCUGCUGAGGGUCCCGAGCCUCAAACACCACAAAAGCCUCAGCAUGAUGCUUCAUUGCAGCCUCCUUCUCCUGCCAUGCAACCUGCCUCUCCCAGAUCACAACUAUCUCCUCAAGCAAGUGCGCUAUCGCCAGGAUCGGCACAUUACUCUCCUGGCCCGCAACACUUAUCACCAGGAGAUGAUCCGUUUGUGUCUUAUAGGCCCACAUCUCAGCACAGCCAUGCGAGAUCCCACAGCGCUCAAUUCGAUAGUGUACCUCCGUCUCCCGGUUUCUCUCUCGACGCAAACAAUCCCGGAAUGGGUUAUACAUCUUUCUACCGCUCUGCGCCACCAAAGUCUUUCGUUGAGACUUUGAAGCCGUAUGCUGGACGUCUAUCUCAAGACCGUUGGUUCAAGGUCGCCCUUCGCCCAUUCAUCUUGUUUGCAUACCCAGCCAUUCUUUGGUCAUCUUUGGUGUAUGCACUCUCAGUCGGCUGGCUGAUCGUGCUUUCCGAGUCCGUCUCGGUCAUCUACAAGAACCGCGAGACAUACAACUUCACCUCCCUACAAGUGGGUCUGGUCUAUAUCUCUCCCUUCAUCGGCGGCAUCCUCGGCACCGCCGUCGCCGGCCGCUUCUCCGACGUCAUCGUACGCUGGAUGAGCCGCAAGAACGACGGCGUCUACGAACCCGAAUUCCGCCUCUUGAUGGCCAUCCCCGUCACCAUCAGCACCGUCAUCGGGCUCAUGGGCUACGGCUGGAGCGUCUCGGAACGCGACGCCUGGAUCGUGCCCACCGUCUUCUUUGGCAUCAUCAGUUUCGGCUGCUGUGUAGGCUCCACCACUGCCAUCACCUUUGCCGUAGACAGUUAUCGCCAAUACGCCGGAGAAGCCCUCGUCACCCUCAACUUUUCCAAGAAUAUUUUCCACGGCUUGGUAUUUUCGCUGNNUUUUUUUAACGAGUGGCUUGAGAGUGAUGGACCCAAACCUGUGUUUUUGGCUCUGGGUGGCAUUCAAUUGGGGUGUUUGCUUUUUACCAUCCCGAUGUACAUCUAUGGCAAGAGAGCGAGAAUGUGGACGGUGAGAAAGAACUUGAUGGAAAAGUUUUAG